CAUGAUCUUACACUAAUUACUUCUUUAGACAAUCUUAAAUCCCUCAUCAAAUUCUACUUCGCUUGGUACGGAAUGUCGCAGUUGGUGGACAAAGCUAAGAACUUCGUGGUCGAGAAUUUGGCCAACGUCAAGAAGCCGGAGGCCGAUGUUACCGACGUUGAUCUGAAACACGUGAGCCGCCAGAACAUCGAGUACGAGGCUAAAGUCUCUGUGAACAACCCCUACAGCCAUUCAAUCCCCAUUUGUGAGAUCUUCUACACUUUCAAAAGCGCCGGAAGAGAGAUUGCAUCCGGGAAGAUACCCGACCCGGGGUCGUUGAAAGCUAACGACACGACGAUGUUGGACUUGCCGAUGAAGGUGCCGUAUAACAUACUGGUGAGCUUGGCAAAGGAUAUUGGUGGAGAUUGGGAUAUGGACUAUGAAUUGGGAGUUGAUCUUACCAUUGAUCUUCCUAUCUUAGGGAACUUUACUAUCCCUCUUUCUAAGAAAGGAGAGAUCAAGCUUCCUACUCUCAGUGACAUCUUUUGAAUU